CUUCGACGAGUAGAAUACCGUCUUAAAGGGUGAACGGUGAGUCAAAAGCCAUCUGCUUCGGGCCCGGCGACAUUAGCAAUGCCUGUCGUCGGAUUUUACUAAGUACCAUGGGCUGGCGGUCCCGUUCUGCCAUGCUCGGUCCCGACCUUGCGGCCUGGACGCCCGCCCAUUCCAAAAUCCAGCUGCCUGGUUACCCGGAGGGGUUUUGUUUUAACCACCGAGCGGCCGUUUGCAUGGCUUUAGGGAAGGAGUUGUGAAACUUGAGUAUAUGAGUAACUCGUAUCUCUGUGUUUUGACUUUGGUCUUCACAAGCAAUUUACAAUUCGAUCUUCUCAAUUUACAUCGGCGAAAGUAUCUCCAGAAUGUCUACCGCCAGCAUGGAAAAGGAACCUGAAACCAUCACGUCGCCGCCUCGAGAUGAAGAAGAAGCAGCAUCAUACCUCACUGGUCUCACCUUGCUAAGUGUUGUCGUGUCGCUGGUCCUUGUCAUCUUCUUGAUGAUGCUCGACACAUCAAUCGUCGCUACCGCCAUCCCACGUAUCACAACACAGUUUCACUCUCUCGAAGAUGUCGGUUGGUAUGGAAGUGCAUACCUCCUCGCCAACUGUGCCCUACAGCCUCUUGCUGGCAAGAUCUACAAGGAGUUCAGCUACAAAUGGGCCUUCCUCUGGUUCUUUGGCCUCUUCGAAGUCGGCUCCCUUCUUUGCGGUGUCGCCACAUCCUCCAACAUGUUCAUCGUUGGAAGGGCAGUGGCUGGCCUUGGAUGCGCUGGAUUGAUCAACGGUGCCCUCUCCAUCAUUGCAGCCUCGGUACCUCUCACCAAGAGACCCUUGUACAUGGGCUUCAUGAUGUCUCUCUCACAGUUUGGUGUUCUGUUCGGACCCCUCAUCGGAGGUGCUCUCACAGAGUACACCACCUGGCGCUGGUGCUUCUACAUUAACCUUCCUGUCGGAGGCAUCGUUGCGGUCAUCCUGUUCUUCGCGCCCGUUCCUGCCGGACCUGAGAAGACUGUCGACAAGAAGUUCCACGCCGGUACAUUUCUCCGCAGUCUCGACCUUGUUGGAUUCGCUCUGUUCGCACCUGCCAUUAUCCAGAUCCUCCUGGCUCUUCAAUGGGGAGGCACGCAAUAUGCCUGGAACAGCGCAACUGUCAUCGGCCUAUUUUGUGGUGGUGCAGCAACCCUUCUGGUCUUCGUGACUUGGGAGUACUUCAAGGGCGACGAUGCUAUGAUUCCAUUGUCUAUGGUCAGACAGCGUAUCUUCUGGUCCAGCUGUAUGACUGUGUUCUUCACCUUCUCUAGCAUGCUCUGCGUCAACUACUACCUGCCUAUCUACUUCCAGGCUGUACGAGGAGCGUCACCGACCAUGAGUGGUGUUGACCUUCUGCCUAGCAUCAUCAGUCAAAUGAUCUUCGCCAUUCUCUCGGGGAUCGGAGUCACGAAAGUCGGUUACUACCUUCCCUUCUCCGUCGCAUGUGGUAUCCUCACUGCUAUAUCUGCCGGUCUGCUAGGCUUGCUCGGACCCCAUACUUCCAUGGCCAAGUGGAUAGGCUACCAAAUCCUUGGUGGCGUUGGACGUGGUCUAGGCAUCCAAAUGCCGAUUGUCGCUAUUCAGAACCUUGUGCCCAAAUCACAAGCGUCGGUCGCCAUGUCAUUGCUUAUCUUUUCUCAGACAUUCGGUGGCGCUCUGUUCCUUGCUUUCGCGCAGACGGUGUUCAACACUGGCCUAUCGUCAGCGCUUAAGGAGUACGCCCCUGAAGUCGCUGCAGAGACAAUCCUGGCUGCCGGCGCUACUGGAGUGAGAGGCGUAGUAUCUGGCUCAGUGCUGCCUCACGUCUUGCAAGCAUACAGCCAAGCAAUCGACCAUGUGUUUUAUCUCUCUGCUGGCGCAGCUGCAGGGGCGACUCUUGCCUGUCUGGGCAUGGGAUGGAAGAGCAUCAAGAAGGCUAAGGCUGAAGCAGCAACAGCUGAAUCGGUGCCCGAGAAAGAGGUCGGGUCCGUGGUUUGAUUGCACAUGCAAACACGGUAGAUUUCCUUAUUACGAUACCCCACUCACUGUAACGAUUAUGAGACGAUACUGGAUACCAGAAAACAGCCUAGUAGUAUAUAAUAGAAACACUGAAACUACUCUUUACCCAG